UCGUACUCGGACCAAUCCAGUAGCUCGUAGCCAGCGAACAGAUUUCGACGAUCAGUCAGUCGUGUGCCGGCAUUCGGGGAAUUGAGGUGCUCUCGUCGAAAAGUGACCGAGUUUCCGUGCUAGUUAUUAAACGUGCAGCGCAGUGGAUGCCAGCAGCUUCCGUCGAUCAGCGGAUCUCGGGGCAGAGUCGUAAUAUUCACCACAACAAAGGCUCCAACCGCGGGCUACUUCAGGGUGUGAAACACGUGGGGCGACCAAGGAGGCAGGGACCACGUGCUUCCCGACCUCCGUAACACGGUGUACGCUGCAGGCACAAGGAACCUGGUCAAGGGUUCGGACGAAUCGGCGGCGAGUUACACAAGCGAGGAAGUAGACGACCAGCCCGACACCCUGGCGCCAGGAUAUGUUACGCGACCCGUCUGCGAGGGCGUCGUUGGGGAAGCCUGCAGCGCUCCUCGUCCCUCCCCGUCUCAUGUUCCUCGGGGUCUCCCGCGGGACGCGGAGGUAAUGACGCGUGCAGAACCAAGAUUCCGGGUAUCACGGUGGUCCGGAUUCUACGCAAUCAAGCUGCGCGCUCUCUGACGUUGGAUUUUUCUUCCCCGUACUCGGAAUACAAGAACCGACCAAAGUCCAGACGACGAGGGAAUCGUUGGCAACGGGGUCAGCAUGAGGUCAGGGUGCUGGCGCGGCGGUCGGCGAUGCUGAAGGAAGUGGGCUGCGGCGGUGGAAACCCCCUACCGGGGGAUGGUGCCGUCGGCAGCUGUCAGGUGGGCACCAGCGACCCGUCCAGCAACCCGGAAGGAGGGCUAAGCUGCGGAGGCUGCGGACGAGAAAUCGCCGAGCGGUGGUAUCUCAGGGCUGCCGACCGAGCCUGGCACUGCGGCUGUCUCAGGUGCUGCCAUUGCCGGCUACCCCUGGCUGCCGAACUCACUUGCUUCGCCAGGGAUGGAAAUAUAUACUGCAAGGAGGAUUAUUACCGCUUGUUCGCGGUGUCGAGAUGUGCUCGAUGUAGAGCCGGAAUUUCUGCCUCAGAGCUGGUCAUGAGGGCGAGGGAUUUGGUCUACCACGUCGCCUGCUUCACUUGCGCAUCCUGCGGCGUUCCCCUGAACAAAGGUGACCAUUUCGGCCAGAGAGAAGGGCUGGUAUACUGCAGGCCUCACUACGAGCUGAUUUGCUGCGCGGCUGACUACAACAGCGCCGGAGGCAGCGUCGACGACAUCGGAUCACCCGGAGUCUCUCCUGGGCCGGCCUACUUCAGCGCGGCCGAACAAAGCCCUCUCCAAGGCGGUGGCGUCCAGAAGGGUCGUCCCCGGAAGCGCAAGCUCUCCGACGCUACCGGCUCCGAUUUACCGGUCACGAUGCGGCUGGCUGCCGGCGCUCUAGAAUUGCUUCACCCCAGCGAGCUCUCCUCGUCGAUGGAGUCGCUGACCGCCUACGACGCCUCGGUUGGAUCCCCGGGUUCCGUCCACCAGAGUCAGCGGACGAAACGCAUGCGGACGAGCUUCAAACACCAUCAGCUCAGAACGAUGAAGAGCUACUUUGCCAUCAACCAGAACCCGGACGCCAAGGACCUCAAACAGCUGGCUCAGAAGACGGGUCUGUCGAAGCGCGUCCUCCAGGUUUGGUUCCAAAACGCCCGGGCAAAAUGGCGACGAAACAUGAUGCGACAGGAGGGAAACGGCGGGGGCGGAGGCGGCGUAGGCUGCCCAGGAACACCCGCGUCUUCGAACCAGGGGCGCCCCCCCAGCGUCGGACCAAGCUCCGGCCUUCUGGGGGACAGCAACAGCCUGCCCCCAGCUUCCAUGGAGGAACUCCACGCGCUGCACCAUCUCCACUCCGGCGUUUCGUCCCAGGUAUCGUUCUCCGAUAUCUACUGACGCCGGUUUCAAACGGAGGAGGACUGCAAUUUCGGCUCCCUCCACAACCAGCUCGCCUAGUGGAUAAUCGGUUGUGCGAAAGGAGCUGGUGGCCGUGGAUCUCGGACGUGCAGCGGAAACGGAGCUGCGAUUCGGGAGGAAAAAUUAAUGGAAAAAGUGGAGGAAACCGACGGAUCGCCGGAUUGAACCGCGGGACUUUCAGAUAAUAUAAUCGGGAUUCGCGAUCGCUCUGCGUCCCGUUAAAGGAAUCGGUUUCUAUCGCAUCGAGAGAACGUUUCGCUCGAGCCACGUGGAAUCUCUUAACGUGAUGCAGGGAGGCUGCGAGAGAAGGGGAGAUUAUCUCAGGAGAUUUUACCGGAUAAAACAUUAUACGUAUGUUGCGCUCGCACUUGCGUAGGCAACCACUUACGACGCCGCACGCGCUUUCGAUAAAUAGAUAGAUAGAUAGAUAGGUACAGCUAAAACUACAUUGUCGCCUAUUUCUCGGGGAGAAGUUGCGGCUCAAGAUCUCGCUGUCUAUAACUAGUCAUUUAUUGUAUAGAAACAGCUAAGCGGAUCGGUCAUUUUUCUCCUUCACCCUCUUUCUUUAACCCUGCUGAUAAUGUAGAAGCAGAUUUAUUAUACGGUUACGUUUCACCUAAUUGUACAAUUAAUUGCAGACAUAAGUGAUAAUGAAAUAGUUCUAUAAAGUUCUGAAUUAAAUAUAUAUAUGUAAUAUAGUGAGGAGAAAUUUUAGACGACGUAUAGUUUCAACUUGUGGCAAACGGAGGGAAAAGAAGAGAAGUAAGAAAGAAAAAAUGCAAUUCAUCGUACAACUAGCAUAUUGUAUGAUAUUAAUAAUUAAACAGCCAAUUAUGAGUCGUCGAGUGGCCAAACGCAGACGGUGUUUCAGUUUGUACUGCAAUUAAGUAACCAAGGCCAGAGUUACGGUUGGUGCACGAUUAUUACUGCGCAUCGCGGGGAAUAUUAUUCAUUCAACUUUCUGAUUUUCGUUUCAGAGUUCAACUUGUUUUCUGCUAAAAGACUAUAUCUUAAUCGCAGAUAUUUCUGUUACACUGCUUGCAUCGUACGGUAUUCGACAAAAGAGUGAACUUGAAAUCUGUGAUUUCUCAUUUCCUGAGUUAUUAUUUAUUGAAAUUGAAAAUUCAGAGUCUAGUCUGUGCCAAAAAAUUAUGCGAGUCUCAUACAUCGUGAAGCAAAAACCCGGGCGACGGUAGCGAGUUUGCGAACAGCUAGUUCGUUAUUUAUAUAGGACGGAUGAACGAUACGCGAAUGUAGGUAUAUAAUAUGCAACAUCGAGCAACGUGUAAAAUUCUUACCAACGUAAAUGAAAAUUCUUUGUAUAAAAAAAAUCAAAACAAUACAACGUAAAACCUAUCAAAUCAACAGUAAAGUUAACGUUAUUGUUCGUCGAUGCAACGUAACUUGGAAGUAUAUAUAUAGGUAUAAAUGUGAAAUUCGGUGCAAGAAGCAGCGCGUAACGUCUAUAACAAUUAAUUGUAGUGAAAACCCUGUUAUAAUACGUACGAGACAUAUCAGUGUGCGACAUUUCAAUGCAUCUGCCACUGUGUAAUAAAUAGUAAUAUAUACAAUGAUA